AUGCCUUGCGCCCAACCACAAUCUCUCCCCAUGCUCUUCACUCUAGGGAUAUCGUGCAUUGUUGCCCUACUUGUCACUUUGCGUCUGACUUCUCGCAGACGUGUCUACCCUUUCCCUCUGCUACCUGGUCCUCGUCCCUUACCAUUUUUGGGUAAUGCGCUGCAAUUGGAUACUAAACGUCCUUGGCUCACAUAUACUGCGUGGGGAAAGACAUAUGGAAAAAUCUUCCGCUCCCGCAUACUUGGGAUCGACAUGAUCAUCAUAAACUCCGAAACCAUCGCCCAGGAGUUGCUGGAAAAGCGUUCUGCGAAUUACUCUACCCGCCCCGUUUGUCGCAUCAAUGAAUUAGCUGGACUGGCUUUCAAUUCUAUACUGCUUCCGUAUGGGGAGACUUUACGACAACAUCGCAAGAUCUACCAUCAAGUCCUUAGGGCAGAGGUCUCGGUCUCGUACCACGAGAUACACUCUCGCCAUGCAAAUGAACUAGUCAUCAAUCUCUUUGGUGCCACUAGUGACUCACUGCAGCAACACACUGAAACAUAUGCGGGAUCCCUAAUCAUGGCCGUGACAUACGGACAUCUCGCUGAUGAAGACUCAUUUCUUUCCCAUGCGCACGAAAUACUUGAUAUUGCAAAACAGAUUCUCUCUCCUGAGAAGGCUGCCAUGUUCACAGCCUUUCCUUUCCUCGAAAAGUUGCCGUUUUGGUGCUUUGGUGGAGCAUUUUCCCUGAUGGGACGCUGUAGAGAAAUAAGUCAACAACUUUUGAACGAGCCCAUUAAUGAAGUGAAGGCACAGAUAGCAGAUGGUACUGCUUCACGCUCAUUAAUCGCUGACUUUCUCAGUCAAGCUCAUGACGACACUGACGAAGACAUUCUGAAGGCUGUUGCAUUCAUGGGAUACAUGGCUGGCAUGGAAACCACUGCAUCCACAUUGCAGACAUUCGUGCUGGCUAUGGUGCUCCAUCCUGACGUCCAAUCCCGUGCUCGUGCAGAAAUUGACCAAGCUGUGGGGCAUGACAGCAUGCCGUGCCUUGAUGACAGGGCGUCACUGACCUACCUUGAUGCCAUUCUUUGCGAGGUCCUGAGAUGGCAUUCUCCCGCCCCCCUAGGAUUCGCACAUGCGGCAUCAAAUGAUGAUGUUUACGAAGGGUACUUUAUACCCAAAGGUACAAUAGUCAUGGUUAAUCAGUGGGCGCUGUCUCGGGAUGAAGACAUAUUUCCCGAUGCAUCGCGCUUCGAUCCUAGCCGCCAUCUGACUGUCGAUGGGAAGCUGAAGAACCCUUUCGUAAACCAUUUUGCCUUUGGUCAUGGCAGGCGUAUUUGUCCUGGUCGUUGGUUUGCAGAGAACAGUCUGUGGACUGCAUUUGCUACGAUACUCGCCGUCUUGCGCAUCGAUCAUGCCAAAGACUCAAACGGAGACAAGAUCGAGGUGAAACCGGAGUACACCACCGGCUUGGGGAUUCACCCUGAACCAUUUCACUGCUCGUUUGAAGUCGUGAACACAACGAGAGAAGCACACAUCCGAGCGAUGAUGAAUUCGAAGUAG